AAUAUAUAGUGUGAACACAGUGAAUAAAUAUGAAUGAAUAUGAAUAUGAAAAAAAUGUAUGACAUUAAACAAUAUAAGUGAGAACUUAAUGUGCUAUAUGGUGAAUUUUAAAAUGAUCUGAAUAUAAGCUCACAACUCAGAACUAAAAUUAAUAUUUUUAGAAAUCUGUGGCAUCUGGUCGAGAGUGCAAUUGUGUUAUAUGCUAAGCUCGCAAUUGUGUGCGUAAAGAACAAGGCAAAGCAACCAAUUUGAGGGCCACCACCGUAUUAGCCCAACCACUGGACAGACCUAUCUUGUGUCUUAAACCAAACUAACCAUAAUAAGCAGCAGCAGCAGUAGCAACAACAAUAUCAAUAUCAGCCAGAAGAGCGUAGAAAAUAUUUCGCAUCGCCCGCAGCGGCUGCAUGCGGCUGAGCAGCUCGUGUGGCACGCUCCACUCCUGCCGCAUUUGCCAAACGGCGCAUGUGACCCAGUUAAGCGGAUUUGCUGGCAGACAGCAUACCAGUAGAGCACGCGGAUUAUUAAUUUACCCGGCAUUUUAAUAGAGGCCCCGGAAACAUGCGCUCCCAGCACCCAGCAACGAUCUUCGCCAGCCUCUGCCUCUGCCUCCUGAUCUGCCUCGUCCUGCAGCCACAGCUGCUCCACUGUGCCACAGCGGAACGAGGAUUGGAGGCGGCAAUGGCCACAUCGUCAAUAUUAAGGAGCGACAGAAUAAAUGACGGCACAUUUCAUGAAAGUCAAUCAAAGGGAGAGGCGACAUUCGCAAAAUCGUUGCCAUCAAUUCCGGCGACAACGCAAAUUGCCAAAGCAAAUGACGAGCAAGCAGCAGCAACAACAACAGCAACAACAACAACAACAACAACUAUGCAGACAAAUGCAAGUUUGUCUAUUGCAGCUGCAGCAGCAACUGCAUUGCCCAACCACAGCAACAUUAAUAACAUUAGCAACAAUGAGGCUCGACAACGGCAGAGGACAAGCGGAUACACAAAGGCCACAUCCGUGCCGGUGGUGACGGCCGCGCUGCAAGCAAAUCUUAUUAUGAGCAAUAGAAAUGUGGAGGAGCAGGAGCCAUUGGAGCACAAGCACAAAAUUACGCAGCCCAACGCAUUGUUGGCAGCCAGCAAGGGUAACAGUUCCACGGCAACAGUCGAAGCAGCCACAGCAGCAGCAGCAACAACAACCACGGAAGAGUCAACAACAACAACGACAGCAACUACGACAACACGUCGACCAACACCGAGCACAACGUUGAAGCCACCGCCAACAAUAGAUGAUUACCAGACAAUAAUUAGCCAAGCGGGAACCCACGCUUAUCUGCCCUGCAAUGUCAAACAGCUGGUGAAGAAGCCCAUAUCGUGGCUCCGCAUGCGGGAUGGUCACAUCCUCACCGUGGAUCAGACCACCUUCAUAGCGGAUCAACGCUUUCAGUCGGUCUUCUCCCCGAACCCCGAGCGCUGGUCCCUGCAGAUUAAAUACGUGCAACUCAAGGAUGAGGGCACCUACGAGUGUCAGGUCUCCACGGAGCCCAAGGCCAGCGCGAUUGUACACUUGCGAAUUGUGGAACCUAAAACGGAAUUAAUUGGCGAGUCCACGCGUCACGUGAAGGCCGGAAGUCAAGUGAAACUGCGCUGCAUAAUUAGCCAGGCACUGGAGCCGCCACUUUUCAUUAAUUGGUUUUACAAUCAGAAGCAAAUCUAUUUGCAUAAUCGUCGCGGAUGGCGAACGGAAAUUGAGCGCAUCGAUCUGCCAACGGAAGUGCCAACGACGCCGACAGCGGCAACAGCAGCGGCGUCAACGCCCACGUCCUUGUCGACGUCAACGUUGACGUCGGCAGAUACCCUAAAUGAUAUAGCGGCUAUAACACGUUCGUACAUUCUAGACGCGAUAACGGUGAGCGAUGGGGCUGCCAUUGCCGGAUAUGGUUACGUGUUGCCAACUAUAGCUACAGCCACGCCCAUGCACACGCCCACAACAGCCACAAUGUCAACGACGACAGCUGCAGCAGUUGCAUUUGCAGCAGGCGUUGCCACUGAUGCAGGCGCUGGGGUAGCAACAGCACCUGAUGCGCUGACAACAACAGCAGCAGCAGCUAUUACAACGGCAGCAGCAACAACUACGGCAGAGCCAAGCACAACAACAACGACUACGACAACCACAGCAGCAACUACAACAACAACAAUGCUGCCAAGUAGCAGUUUCAUUAAACAGAUAACGACCGCGUCGCUUAUCAUACCAGCCGUGGUGAAGCUGGACUCUGGCAACUAUACGUGCAGCCCCUCGAACAGUGCCCCGCGCACCAUUGUGCUGCACGUGCUAAACGGUAAGUCUGCAUGACGUUUGUACAGGGCGGGGAAGGGGGACGGGUUGGCCAAGCACCGUA